GGACACAAAGGACAUGUGGGGGACACAGAAGUCACAACGGAUGGGGAACAUAAGGGAUAUGUGGGACACGGAGAGAGGGACAGAAAGGACAGGGGGACACGAAGGACAGCAGACUUGAAGGAGAUGGAAUGUGAAGCCGGGCACAAAGGAGAGGGGAUGUGAAGGAGGGGUGACAACAAAGGUGGGGGACACAAAGGGCCUGGGGACAUGUGGCAGGGAGGACAAGCUGCGGGGGGACAACACAAGUGGAACCUACUUCCCUGGGAACCUACUCCCUUCACCGAGGAAGGUGAAAAAAGCCUCUUUUCAGCUUAAAGAUGUUUUUUAGACUGUUAAUAACAGAAAAUCAAUUCCUGGGCAGAGGCUGGGAGCACGGGUACUCGCACCCCCUUCCAAAUCUCCACCGAGCCCGCUGUUUACUCGGGUGGUUGCAGGAAAGCAAGUAACAAUCGUUAAAAAAUUAAACCAUGGAGUCAGUGGCCACUCCAAAAAGGGACUUUUCCAGACGGCUCCCUGACUGCGGGACCUCCUGCCGGGUGACAGCUAUGGCUGGCUCCUCAUCGCCCGCCGGAGGAGAACCAGCUGCUAUUUCUACCCCCGUGCCUGGCCCAGCAUCCGAGGCGCCGACUGGUGGGAACGGGUGGUCCUGAAGCAAUUUGGGCCCCAGGACUGGCUGGAGAAGUUCCGGAUGUCCAAGGAGACCUUCUUCUAUGUCUGCAACCAGCUGCGGCCCGGGUUGGCUCCUCACAGCGCCCACUUCCACCCCUCCCUGCCCCUGGAGAAGAGGGUGGCCGUGGCCCUGUGGCACUUGGCCACCAACGUGGAGUACCAGACUCUCAGCCCGCUCUUCGGCGUGGGGCCCUCCACGGUGCAGACGUGCGUCCGGGAGGUGAGCUACGCUGUCGUCUUGCUGCUGAAGCCCCUCUACCUCCGCCUGCCCAGUGAGAAGGAGCUGGAUAACAUGGUGCGCAUCUUCCGUACCCGCUGGGGCUUCCCGCAUUGCAUCGGUGCCCUGGACAGCCUUCACAUCCCCAUCCACCCGCCCCUGCGCCUCAGCGCCGACUACUGCAACGACCAGGGCUGGCAUUCCAUCCUCACCCAGGCCACCGUGGACGGGAUGGGCCAGUUUUGGGAUGUCUCCACCGCUUUCCCCGGCAGCAUGGAGAACAGCGCGGUCCUGGAGAGCUCCAGCCUGUGGGUGCUGGCCAAGGAGGGCCGGCUGUGCCCCAACCCUCCCAAGAACUUCAUGGGGAAGGCGCAGAAGUACGUGCUGCUGGGUGAUGCCACCUACCCCUUGCAAGACUGGAUCCUCAAGCCCUACCAGGACGAGGAGAACCUCACCCAGCGGCAGCUGCGGUUCAACUACCGCCUGAAGCGGGCGCACAGCGUGAUCGAGAACGCCUUCCUGCGCCUGAAGGCCCGCUGGCAGAUCCUCCUCAAGUGCGACGACUGCAGCCUGGAGCUGCUGCCCACCCUCGUCCUGGCCUGCUGCAUCCUGCACAACAUCUGCGAAGCCCACGACAACCCCUUCAACGAGGAGUGGCUGGAGGGCACCGAGCCCACCGAGCUGCCCAAGCCCUGCCAGCCCGCGCCCGCCGCCAUGGAGGACGGCCGGGCUGAGCAAGUGCGGGAGCUGAUGUGCCAGUACUUCGAGAGCUGCGGGGAGGGCUGAUGGAUGAAAUCUGAUGGGGGCUGAUGGGAGAAAUCACCCUGUGCAUCCCACUCAUGGACUUCCCCACGGACUCCAGCAAAUAUUGACCCGACGGUUCCGGGCUGUUCGGCAAAGGACUGGACUCUCUCUCCUCUGCCGAAGGCUACCGGCCGUUCCCGGGGCAGGGAAGGGGGCAGCUGUGUUGCACUCGGGCUGUUUUUGCUGCGGUGGUUUGGGGCAGUGGAAUGUAUUUUGUGCCCUUGCUCUCUUCCAGGA